GGGCGGAGGGGGCGUGGUCCCUAAUCCACCUAUAGUAGGACAGAGGGGGCGUGGCUUCCACAAUCACAGCGGAAACACAGACCUGCGCCCUGAGUCCCCGGUGCAGCCAUGGCGGGCCCCGGCGGCAAGAUUAACCGACCCCGAACGGAGCUGAAGAAGAAGCUCUUCAAGCGCCGGCGGAUGCUGAACCGAGAUCGACGGCUGAAGCACCGGGUGGUCGGGGCUGUGAUCGACGCAGGCCUGACCACUCGCCACCACCUCAAGAAGCGGGCGUCCAGUGCACGUGCCAACAUCACGCUGUCAGGAAAGAAGCGCAGAAAACUCCUCCAGCAGAUCCGUCUUUCCCAGAAAGAGAAAACUUCCAUGGAAGUGGAAGCUCCUCUCAAGCCAGCCAGGACAAAUGAAUCACAGCCCAAAAGGCAAAAGAAGACAAAAGCCCCCCAAGACGUAGACAUGGAAGACCUUGAAGAUAAGAGCUAGGAGUCUCAUCAUCCUUUAUAUCAGAAGCAUCUCAACUGAAGCCAGGAGGACCAGUGACUGUUUCAGAGGACAAUGGAAAAAGCAUUUUUCUUUCUUUCAAAGAUCCCUCUUCCACAAUGGUCUACUCACUGAGACAAAAAAGGAGACUGCCUAGCAGUCAACUCCAUAUGUAAUAAAACCCUAGAGUUCUCAUUGA